ACUCCUCGCUAUGCUUUCACGUCAUCUUCCUCUUUUGACUCGCAGGCUGACAAGACUUGAGAUAAACGGAAAAAAAGGAUCGAUCAAGAGAUAAACACAGAAAAAGAAUGGAUACUCUUAUCGAUCUUCUUCUUCCUACACAGGACUUCCAUCGCUCACGUAUCCACUGCCUUGUAGCUCGAGGAAGGCAAGUGCAUGGAACCCAAGGCUGGGCUAGAAAGAAAGGAUUUUGAUGACGGUGAUAGAUUCAAGCAAGCGGGACAUUUCAUGGCUUCCCUCAGACAAGGAGCAAGUCAGCUUUUCCCAGCUGCCCCACCAUUUCAUGAAAUAAGCCAUUCCAUCUCUCUAAUUGAACCUAUAAAAUCGCUCUGUCUCUCCAUAUUACAAUCCAUGGCUUCUGCUUGCCUUGCCAAGUUCCUUGCUUGCUGUUGCUGCUUGUUUGUCUUGGUUCAAGCCAUGGAUGAUGGAGCAGCGGCAGCUGGAAUGCAGAGUGGUGAGCUAUUGGCCUUGUUUGAGGUGAUGGGUGCCCUGCUGCAAGACCCCGGUUGGGCUCAGCUCCACCCCCGCCCCUGCACUGACACGCCAUGGCCUGGAGUUCAGUGUGAGAUGGUGCUCGAGCCCCCAGUACUGCAGAAGCAGGAUCCACAUCUCCAUGUCACCGAGCUCCACAUUGGGCCAGACGUCACCUCCCCACCCUGCAAGCACUCAGCCAGCCUCUCCCCUGCCCUGCUCCAGCUGCCUUAUCUCAAGAGUCUCUCCUUGUUCGGCUGCUUCCUCGCCGAGGACACGGUGCCCCUCCCUCCUUCCCUCUUCACCAAUGCCUCAGCCUUGGAGCAGCUGGUGAUCAAAUCCAACCCUGGCCUCGCCGGUACCAUCCCUCCCUCCCUUGGCGCACUUCACGGCCUCAGGGUCCUCUGCCUCUCACAGAAUGGCCUCCAUGGAGCCAUCCCGAAGGAGCUCGGGUCGCUCGCAAGAUUAGAGCAACUCGAUCUCAGCUACAACAAUCUCAGCGGCUCCAUCCCUGUGGAGCUCGGAGGAGGCCUUUCGAGCUUGACCAUUUUCGACCUGAGUUGGAAUGGGCUGCAAGGGGAGAUCCCUCCGUCAAUUGGCGACCUCUGGCGGCUCCAGAAGCUCGACCUGAGCUACAAUAAGAUCUCAGGGAGGAUUCCGGCGGUGGUUGGUAGGUUGGAGAGGCUGGUCUUGUUGGACCUGAGUCACAACUCCUUGGCAGGCCCCGUGCCAGAUGAACUGUCAGGUUUGAGGCGAGUCCAGUACUUCCUCGUGGAGAGCAACCCGAUCGGCACGACCAUCCCUUCGUUUCUGAAGACAAUCGAGAGCUUGGUGGUGCUUGGCCUGUCAGACUGUGGGCUUUCAGGCCAUGUGCCAACAUUCCUUGGUGGUCUCAGCAACCUCACGAGCCUGUCCUUGGACAGGAACAAGCUCGAUGGCACAAUUCCUUCGACGGCAUUAGAGGCGAUUCCUAAUCUCGAUCAACUCAACCUCAGUCAGAACCUGCUCAGCGGGGUGCUCUCUUUCUCUGAGGAGUUUGUGAGCAGGCUAGGGAGGAGACUGGACGUGAGGGACAACCAGGGGGUGUGCAUGAACCCAGCCAGCCACCAGAUCAAUACUCUCCUCCCCUUCUACCUACAAGCUCCGCCAUGUCCGACCACUGCCAGCUCCAGCAGCAAUGGUACUCCAGAGACAGGUGAGAUGAUGAAAUCCAAUUCCGAUGGCAUGAGAUCGAACUAUGGGACACUAAUUGGCAGCUGCUUGGUUGUGCUGGUGGCGGUAGUCCACUUCUCAAACUACUUCUUCUUCUGUUCUCUGCUGGAAAUCGUACUUUGUCUUUCUUUUUCUGGAAUUAUGCGCUGAAGCAAGUUUUGGUGCAAGGCGAAGACACGAAAGCAUGUCUCUUUCGGCCAUGUUUCAAAAGCUUCCGAGCUUUUACUAUUUCUUAUUUCUUCUUAAGUCACAAGGCUUCCAACUUUGGAUGGGAUUGGGAUCGAGAUCAUCGUCUUCUUUGAUGUCUUGUCUGCGGCACUGUGACAUGCAUGCAUCAAACACAACUUGCGUUCAUCGUCUCCUCACCUGAAGUGAUUCAUUUACAAAGUUAUGGCUGUUUCUUUUUUUAAUAUUCAAGUGAAAAGAAUAGUGAAUCAAAAAUGAUUUGACAUGCAAUGCAAUA